CAUGCUGGCCCUUCACAGGUGCUUCUGUUACUUAAUUUCACGUCGUUUACAGCACUUUGCCAUCUGAAAUAAAAUUUUUUUGUUAAGCUUUCUCCAUGUAGCCAGUAGCCUCCAUAAAAACAAGGUCCUUAUUGGUUUUUGUAUCCUUGAGGCCUUUGGACUGGACUCUCACUUAAUAUUUGAGUGAUUGGGGAACAAAUUGCAAUGAGUGACAUCUAGUAUUUAUUGAACAGUUACUGAAUACCAGGCGUUGCACUAAAUACUGUUCUUUCUUUUGGUCCUUAAAACAGGCCCGUAUAGAAGGAACUGCUGUCAUCACUAUUAUAAAGUUCUGGAAACUGAGGCCGGGACAGGUUGUGAAUUGCCCAAAUGUGCAAAAGUAAUAGGUGAUAGAGCAGCAUUCACUUGGGUCUGUUCCCGAAGCUCUCUGGUCCAAGUGUGUGUUUCGAUUCUCCCUUUCACUGUCUACUACCUUUUCCCCAGGUCUUCCACCAGCCAUGCAGAAAGUUAUGUAUAAGGGACUCGUCCCUGAGGAUAAGACGCUGAGGGAAAUAAAGGUGACCAGCGGAGCCAAGAUCAUGGUGGUUGGUUCCACGAUAAAUGAUGUUUUAGCGGUAAACACGCCCAAAGACGCUGCGCAGCAGGACGCCAAGGCCGAGGAGAGCAAGAAGGAGCCUCUGUGCAGGCAGAAACAACACAGGAAGGUGCUGGACAAAGGGAAACCUGAAGACGUGAUGCCAUCUGUUAAGGGGGCCCAGGAGCGCCUGCCCACGGUCCCCUUGUCCGGCAUGUACAAUAAGUCGGGAGGAAAAGUGAGACUCACCUUUAAGCUAGAGCAAGACCAGCUGUGGAUCGGCACUAAAGAGCGGACCGAGAAGUUGCCCAUGGGCUCCAUUAAAAAUGUGGUCAGUGAACCCAUUGAAGGACAUGAAGACUACCACAUGAUGGCAUUUCAGUUGGGCCCCACGGAAGCCUCUUACUACUGGGUGUACUGGGUUCCGACUCAAUAUGUGGAUGCAAUCAAAGACACUGUGCUGGGGAAGUGGCAGUAUUUUUGAAAGCACUCUCACCUCUGGCCCAGGAGACCGACCCAAAGGGAAGGACAUUGCUGGGAGAGGCCUGCAGCAUCCCUGGAUUUCAGAGUUCUGGAACUUUGUUCAAAAAACAGUCUAUAUCCAAUCUAAGGUGAUGUGGUGACCGAAGCCAGAGGUGAUGUUCUUUCACCCUUAGCUUAAUUUUAACUUAAAAUCACCGGUUCCCUUUCUUGCAGUCAGCUUCAUACCAUUUUUAAAGUCAGUACAGUGGAAACCAAUAAAUCUGAACUCCGAGCGUGUUGUGUGGAAUACUCUUCAGUGUGCUUGGGAGGAGAUCUGCCAGGGUUUUGUUUAGAAAGGAAUGGUCAAAAGCUUUCUGCCUUUUUUUUUUUUAAGUGAUUUCAACUGAAAUAUUUUCAUAAAUCUUUAGUUGCAAACAUUUGGACUGUGUUGUGAUAAGUUGGGGUGUUUUUUUUCUUUUUCAUAUAAAAUUUUAUGCAAAGUGGGAGGAGGGUUGGUAAGCCAUAUUUUUCUGUCUAUUGAUUCAAACUGAUUUCUUUCCCUUUUUUAUUUUUUCACUUCCUAGAUAUGAGCUUUUGUUUUGAAAACCCAAAGAUGUCAGUUCCUCCUCUUGUACCUCAUCACUGCUUGCUUUCCUGGCAUCCCUCCCGCGUGCUGCUGCCCGCGGAUGCGGGGGGAGGGAAGCACAGUGGGCCUUGGUCAGGGAGCUCUUGCGCCUGCUGUGUGACUUGUCUAAACAUCUUGCCCAUUGGGUACCAGUCUCUGGGGCUGUCCUCUGCCACACUGACAGUUGUUGGCAGUCCUCACCGAGUUGGUUCUCACGGCCAGCCUGUCAGGGGUGUGCCUGGCUGUGCUCCUCCAGAGCCACGGUUCCUAGGCGGGAACAGGCCUCUUCGAAGCUGCGCCAGGUGGAAGGCAGUUUAUACAGUCAUGUAGCCACAGGCCCACUCCAGGAGUUUCAGGACAUUCUUUAGCAGUCCAACGGUUAUUUCAAUUGUGCUUCUCCAUUUGUUCCUUUGCUCAUGCCUUGUGUUCACAUGUUCAUCCUGGUCCAGAGAUGCUGCCCUUCUCAGUAAGACGUCUGACUCGUGGGUUGGCCCUGUGUUGCAACAUCAGAAACGGGAUAAGUUGCUUUUGUGAUGAGCUCACCCUCUUCUGGUUUUAGCCCUUGUGUAGUCUUUGUACACGUGAGCCCUGUUGUCUCCUUGUGGCUUGGUGGACUCUGAGGUGAGGGGGCCUCCCUGUGAGCAGCCUCCCUGUGCUGGCUGCUAUUUCUCGGCUGCUGUCUUCGCAGUCCUCUUGCGGGCUACAGGCUCUCAGCAAGGCUUGGUGGUAUUUCCAAACUUGGCAGCCUGCAUUGUAGGCUGUUCCUUCUCAUUCUGUGAAGUGUAUUAGCAUGUGUGGGCCGGUGAGUGAUGAUCUUCUGCACCCUUCCCUCCAAACUGUAGUUCAGAAUCCAGCCAGCAUAGACAGACUCGUGCUUCUCGUGGUGUAGUCCAUUCCUAGCUACGCACCUGGGCAGGAAGGCCUGUUCUUGCUCUUUGAGGGUAUAAGUAUAUCUGUGAAGUGUAGCGUCCAAGAAACUGCCUGUUUCAUCCCUUGGAAAAGGAGCAGUGACUGACCAGCCUCUGUCCUGCUGCCUGCAGCUCCAGAGAAAAGGGAGCUUUGCUGCUGCUGAGGCUGCCCUGCAAUGACAGGCCUGCGUGUGAUCCAGCCAUGUGGCAGGCAGGGUGUCGUCUCGGUUUGUUGGCCAAUGUCCCUGUCCUGGAGACUUGUCCUGACUGCCACACACCUGUUCUCUGGAAGCAGACAUCUUCGUCCCCAGACUGGCCUCGCACUGCUUCUCUCAGAGCCCCUUCCCACCAGGUCUCCGCAUUUGCCUUUUGGCUGCCGCCUUCUGACGUCCCUUCCUCCCAGUGAGAGCGUGUGUCCCAGCAUCUCCUUGCUCUCCAAGAGCCAAACCGCUUCUCACUCAGGCUGGUGUCAUUUCAAGACAGGACCAAAGCCUGUGUGAGCCUUUUUAUUUUAAGUAAAAUGGUGCUUUUUUCCUUACUUCAAGAUACUCUAUGUAAAUAAUAACGUAAUAACAUCUUUCUGUAUGGAGCUGUUGGAGGGGCUCACUGAGUAUGUUAGAACAAUCACGGAGAUCUUGCUGGAAGCCCUCAGAGAGCAGAGGUAGGCAGACCAGAAGCCCCUGGAAGAGGGUUUUGAUUUAGAUCCGAGUCUGGGUCCCAGCAGUAUUCACCGUCUUGUCACUCAGUCCCGUGAGCAGUCUCUUCAUUUAUUUUCUUACAGUCCAGGGUGUACUGAGGCCAGGUCUGUGUCAGAAGCUGGACUACUCUCCCUUAGGCACAUUGCAGUGUUGCUGUUUCAUCAGGAUGAUUUCUGUGCAGUUCCCUCACUGUUACAGGGGACCAGCUCUAUCUCUGGGGUUGUGACUAUCUCUCAUGGUGGCACAGGGGGUGUGGGUGGACCAAGGAAGAGCUGGCUCUGAGCAGGGCUCUAGCGUGUACGAGCAGGCGGGGCUCUGGCCUCUGGUCCACACGGAGCCUCUUGACGGGCUGCUUUCUCUUCUGGAAUUCAUGCUGGGCCUCCUGCAGGUCUUUGCUCACAGGUGCCAUGCCUUUUUGUCCCUCCCUAAGGCCACUUGGCAAAUAAAGACAAAGUGAUCUCUGCUGAGGCCGGUCCCUCUACUCGGUGUCAGCCUGAUCUCUUUGCUGAACUAUAGGUGUUAAGUAUUUGAAUUGCUGAUGGGCCUUCUGGAAGUAGUAUUAGCUCUUCUUAAUGAGGCUGAACUGACCAAGGAUGUCCUCUCCUGUAACUCGUGGACACAGGAGGCCAGCUAGGCCUCAGGAGUCGCCUUUAGUUGCUGCUUUACCUUAACAAGGGCCAGAGAGACGAACUGCCGCAUUGCCAUGGCUCUGAAAACUUGUCAUAUUUCAGCCAGAAGGGGCUUGCUUUCCCCUUCUCUUACUGAACCAUGUGCCUGGAAGAGCUAUCCUGGCUCUUGCUCUUGGCUCACCCUUUCUUUGCCGGGGCAGGAAGGGAAGGGAUCGACCCUGUGCCAUGGGCCGUGCAAGGGUUGGCCUUCUUUCCAGCCGUUUUCUGAGGCAACCUCUCCCUUGCUCCUGGCCUUUGUUCUGCCUGUUGUCUGGGAAGGGAUGGUCCCUUUGCUUUAUGGUUUUGUGACAGUGUCAUCUCUAGUUAGGAUUGGCACCUGUUUCCUUCUUAGUAAGUCCUGGAGACCUCUCAGAAGUCACAGGUGGUCAGGAGCCCUCCAAGUGCAGAGUAUCUGGUCCAUUGACCUGCCAGGCUGAGUGGCUCUGCUGCUUUCCAAAUUUCAAGGAUUUCUUUCUUUUUUCUUAAAGAGUUCUCCAGAAUGAAUUGACAGUAUACGUAAGUACCAUGUAUUCUUGUGGUGUACGCUCUGGUCUGGUUUUUGUUUUUAAUCAAAUGCCUGUUUGGGAGGAGAUGAACGUAUUUAGUCUGUUAGAUUUGCGCUGCUGGAUUUUUUUAAAAGUGUAACCUUGACUAGCUGUCUUAUUGUUUAUCCUGUAAGAUUGUAAGAUUAGCCCAUCAAUUAAAGUUUGAUAAUUAAUUGUG